AUGGCGCCACGCAAAAAGGUCGAGGAGAAAGAGAAGCCCGCAGCGAAGGCCACAGCAGAUGAAGCUGCUGGCAUGAUUCUCAACUACUUGCCUGCCGCAGCCAAGAUCCUCAAAGACCUCCAUGAGCGGAACGAGAUUGAAGGCCGAGCCGCAGGGAAACAGAUCGUCUACCACGCUAUUCAGAAUCCUGAAGACUCUGUCACCCCCGAAGCCCUCGCCGCCCUCGACUCUAAGGCUUCUGACCUCCGCGACCAAACCGCCGCUCUCAACGCUACUGCGAAGACCCUCCGUACCACCCUCGCCUCCCUCACCACCACGCUGAGCACCGCGGACCUCGUUGCAAACGUGCAAGCCCUUGAAGCAGAGAGAAUGGAGCUUGUGGGCCGCCUGGCAGUGCUGAAGGCGGGAAAGGCGAAGAAGGUGACAAAGAGGGAGAGGGAGGAGGUGGACAGGGAAUGUGAGAAGUGGGGCAAGCUAGUGAAGAAGAGGCAGAAAAUUAGCUCGGAGAUGUGGAAGGACACAAUUGAGCCAUGUAUCGAGGGCGAGGAGCAGAAGGCUGAGGUGAGGGAGAGCUUGGGGCUGGAUGAGUAA